AUGGCGGAUUCUUCAGGAGGGGACCAGCCAACCCACCGGGCAACGACUAUUUCUAUCAGUGAGGGUAAGGAAGGAAAUGAAGGUAUCUAUGGGACGUACGAGGGUAGCACAAAAAUAGAACAUAAGGGCGCUAAUGUCGGCAAAAUGGGCUCACAAGCAGCGGUUACAAGAGGCAUACUCGCGUCACAAGAAGCGGCAAGAAGAGGUAUACUCGAGUUACAUGAAGCGGCUGCAAGAGACAUACUCGCGUCAGAAGCAACGGUUACAAGCGACAUACUCGCGUCAGAAGCAACGGUUACAAGCGACAUACUCGCGUCACACGCAGCGAUUAGAGGCGUCGGCAAACGUGUUUCACGGGCAGCGGUUAUAAGCGACAUACUCGCGUCACAAGAAGCGGCUACAAGAGACAUACUAGCGUCACACGCAGCGGCUACAAGAGACAUACUAGCGUCACAAGAAGCGGCUAUAAGAGACAUACUCGCGUUACAAGAAGCGGCUAUAAGAGACAUACUCGCGUUACAAGAAGCGGUUACAAGAGGUGUACUCGCGUCAAAAUAA